GCCCACACUCAUUUGCACAGCCAUGUUAUAAAUAUGGGACUGGAGUUGGGGCGGUAACUCGAGCUGUUUCACUGGCGUUUACACGGAAGAGAAAAUGCCUGAGCCUGCAAAAUCCGCUCCUGCGCCAAAGAAGGGCUCCAAAAAGGCCGUGACCAAAACUCAGAAGAAAGGAGGCAAAAAGCGUCGCAAGACCAGGAAGGAAAGCUAUGCCAUUUACGUGUACAAGGUGCUGAAGCAGGUGCACCCAGACACGGGGAUCUCCUCCAAGGCCAUGGGCAUCAUGAACUCUUUUGUCAACGACAUCUUCGAGCGCAUCGCCGGGGAAGCCUCGCGCCUGGCGCACUACAACAAGAGAUCCACCAUCACCUCCAGGGAGAUCCAGACCGCCGUCCGCCUGCUGCUGCCCGGGGAGCUGGCCAAGCAUGCCGUGUCUGAGGGCACCAAAGCCGUGACCAAGUACACCAGCUCCAAAUAGAGACUUGGCCGAUUCUAGACACAGGGGAAAACGGUCACUAAAUCACCGCCAAGACUAUCUUUAAACCCUCAUCCCCGGGUCCUGUGUCGGGUGUAGGCUGCUUUGAUUUUUGCACCAUUGCCGGUUUUUAAAGAGAAUGAAAUGUCUUGGAACUGUAUCCUGCCAUUUUCUUUGAACUCUGUUCUUUCUGAUGUGUAAUGUUUUUUACAAAUGUUAAUAAAUGUUAGUCUGUGCUCCUAAACUGG